AUGGGCGAUAAGGCUUUACUGAUUACUAACGAACAUGGCAAAGGACCUUUCCGACACUAUUCAACAAAAGAGUCCGCUACAAAAGGACCAUGGUACUGCGGAAUUAUGUUUCUGCUCUUCUGGGCAGUUCUAUUUUUCUCAGUAGUUUUUCCUCUUUUCUUUCGCCUGCCCACUGUUCUACAUCCCGAGGAGGACUCCGGAAAGGGAAAGUUCAUUGGAGAACGUGCUUACAAGACUCUGAAUGAUCUAAAUAAUAUUGGACCCAGGGUGACAGGCAGUAAUGCUAAUGAAGUUGACACCAUUAAUUUUCUACUAAAUGAAAUAGAAGACAUAAGAGCAAAUAUGUUAGAGGAAUACUUUACUUUGGAAACCGAUGUUCAAAUAACCUCGGGAUCCCACAUCUACAGUUCGCUUUUGGAAAUGUACCAAGGAGUUCAAAAUGUCGUGGUCAAGCUGUCCUCAAAAAACUCUACAAGCGAGUCUUACCUCUUGGUCAAUAGUCACUUUGAUACUGUACUUACUUCCCCAGGAGCAAGUGAUGAUGGAUUUAUGGUUGCCACCAUGCUGGAGGUGCUUCGUGUGAUGGCCACAUCUGAAAAGUACUUUGAACAUCCCGUCGUCUUUCUCUUCAAUGGUGAUGAGGAAAUGGGCAUGCAGGCCUCUCAUGGUUUCAUAACUCAACAUAAAUGGGCUAAGAACUGCAAAGCGUUUAUUAAUCUGGAAGGUGCUGGAGGUGCUGGCCGUGAGAUUGUUUUCCAAACAGGACCUUAUCAUCCAUGGCUAACCAAUUACUACAAGAAAAGUGCCAAACAUCCAUUUGCCACAACUUUGGCUGAAGAGAUCUUCCAAUCCGGCCUAAUACCUUCUGAUACGGAUUACCGAAUUUUCGUACAGUAUGGCGACAUUCCAGGAUUUGACUUUGCUCAGAUGAUCAAUGGCUACGUUCUUCACUCAAAAUAUGACAGAAUCGAUGUCAUUCCUCGGGGGGCUAUUCAGAAUAGUGGAGAUAAUGUUCUAGAACUUGUCUGGGCUUUAUCUAAUGCCCCUGAAAUGCGUGAUACUAAUGCGUAUAGAACAGGACAUGCAGUCUUCUUUGACUUCCUAGGACUAUACUUUUUCAACUACACCGAAGAUACCGGAAAGAUUCUGAAUUAUAGCGCUGGUGUGGUUACGCUGCUUUUGAUCCUAGUAUCAGCGUGUCGCAUGUCAGCUUUCUCGAAUUUGUCCUGUUGCCAGGUGUUGCAACGCCUCAUUAUCCUGUCAGUUGUUCAGAUCAUUGCUCUUGUAUUCGCAAUGGGAAUUCCCUUAACUAUAGCUUACGUCAUUGAUAAUUUCGGAUUAUCCUUGAGUUACUUUAGCGCCACAUAUCUGAUCAUCGGCUUGUACAUUUGCCCAUCGCUAUUUGGUUUAAGUCUUCCAACCAUGAUUUACUAUCAAUUACAGCAAAAUAGCUAUGUGUCCUUUACCUACCAUCUUCAGUUGGGACUACACAGCUGGGCACUUAUUGUAUCUGGUCUUGUGUUAAGCCUAACUGAGUAUGGAAUACGCUCCGUUUAUAUCCUCACGAUCAUUCUAGUUUUCUAUGCGAUUUCUUUGGCUUUAAAUUUAUUGACAACAUUCCACGAUAGUGGCUACAACUGGACAUGGUUGCACAUAUCCAGCCAAGUGAUACCUUUCUUAAAUAGCAGCUAUGUUAUUUAUAUUUACUUAUUAACUAUGCCAGCUAUCAGUGGCCGCUCUGGAAGUGCAUCGAAUCCUGACAUUAUUAUAUCCGUCUUAUCGGCGUUACUCACAGUGCUAUGCUUCGGAUUUUUGGCUCCUCUAAUCAACAUGUUUCGCCGACCAUCCAUCGUGGUAUUUUCCCUGUUUUUAGUCAGUGCUAUUGCCAUGUACUUAGCCAGUUGUACUCAGAUUGGGUUUCCUUAUCGACCCAAGACUAACCCAGAGCGAGUCAUGUAUCAGCACGUACGAAAAAUCUUUUACGAGUACGAUGGAAGUAUCAGCCAGGAUGAAUCCGGCUAUUUGUUUAACUUCCAAGACAGAAGAGAAGAUCAACCUUAUACCGGAGUAAAUUUAACGGGUUCGACGAAAACUAAAUCAGAGUGUGAAAAACACAUGAUGUGUGGUCUGCCCCUGUUCGAUGAGAGGUGGGUGGGAAACCGUCUACAGGGAAUGUGGUUACCUCGCGAGACUAUCGAGCCACCAUCUUCAACUACUCUUGAGCUCCUGAACAAAACGGUGUUGGAAAAUAAUAAAACUGUGCGGUUUAACUUCCGAUUAUCGGGGCCACCACACUUGAAUUUAUAUAUUCAACCUCGUGAGGAUGAUUUCGUGACUAUAACGGACUGGUCAUUCUCACAGGAUUAUCUUAAAAAUCCGCCAAUUACUCCACUAUCCUACCAUAUAUUUAUUACUUUUGGCAUUGUUAAGCCGCCUCUGGAAUUCUUUCUAGAUAUUUCGAAACCUAGUGGUGACUUUAAUGUGCCUCUCUUUCAAUUGGGAGUAUCGGGACAUUACCUAGAUGACGAGGGUGAUACGAGCAGUCAAAAGUUUGCCUCAACAUUCCCAUCGCAUACAGUAUUAAUCCAUUGGCCUUCCUUAUAUCAAAGAUAUAUUUUCUAA